AUGGAUAUUGUUCGGCUUCUAAAAUUUGGAGCCAAGAUGCAGAUUUUUGUGAAAACCCUAACGGGUAAGACCAUCACUCUUGAGGUCGAACCUUCUGACACUAUCGAAAAUGUCAAAGCUAAGAUCCAAGACAAGGAGGGAAUUCCCCCAGACCAGCAGAGAUUGAUCUUUGCCGGCAAGCAACUUGAAGAUGGUAGGACCCUUUCCGAUUACAACAUCCAGAAGGAAUCUACACUUCACCUUGUGCUAAGACUGCGCGGUGGAGCUAAGAAACGCAAGAAGAAGAAUUACUCCACCCCCAAGAAGAUCAAGCACAAGAAGAAGAAGGUCAAACUAGCAGUACUCAGGUUUUACAAGGUGGACGAGAAUGGCAAGAUUCACCGUCUGCGCAGAGAGUGCACCGGGGAGCAGUGUGGGGCUGGUGUCUUCAUGGCUGUCAUGGAGGACCGACACUACUGCGGGAAGUGCCACUCCACCAUGGUCUUCAAAGAUGAUGAUAAA